GCAGUCCGGGGUCCGGGGUGGGGGGGGGGCGAUUCUGCUCCGUCUCGGUGGCGCGUCCUCCGCCUGUCGCGACAUCAGGGCGGCGAUAAUGGUGGAUUACCACAGCGCGGGGCAGCCCCACCCGUACGGCGGGAACGGGCCCGGUCCCAACGGCGACUACAUGGCCCAGGAGGACGAUUGGGAUCGGGAUCUGCUCCUGGACCCCGCCUGGGAGAAACAGCAGCGCAAGACGUUCACGGCCUGGUGCAAUUCCCACCUGCGGAAAGCCGGGACGCAGAUCGAGAACAUCGACGAGGAUUUCCGGGAUGGGCUCAAGCUGAUGCUGCUGCUCGAGGUCAUCUCAGGGGAGCGGCUCCCGAAGCCGGAGCGGGGCAAGAUGAGGGUGCACAAGAUCAACAACGUCAACAAGGCCCUGGACUUCAUCGCCAGCAAAGGCGUCAAACUCGUCUCCAUCGGUGCCGAGGAGAUCGUGGACGGGAACGCCAAGAUGACGCUGGGGAUGAUCUGGACGAUCAUCCUGCGCUUCGCCAUCCAGGACAUCUCCGUGGAAGAGACCUCGGCCAAGGAGGGGCUCCUGCUCUGGUGCCAGCGGAAAACGGCUCCGUACAAGAACGUCAACGUCCAGAACUUCCACAUCAGCUGGAAGGACGGGCUGGCCUUCAACGCCCUGAUCCACCGGCACCGCCCCGAGCUGAUCGAGUACGACAAGCUCCGGAAGGACGAUCCCGUCACCAACCUCAAUAACGCCUUCGAGGUGGCUGAGAAGUACCUGGACAUUCCCAAGAUGCUGGAUGCCGAGGACAUCGUGAACACGGCGCGGCCGGACGAGAAGGCCAUCAUGACCUACGUGUCCAGCUUCUACCACGCCUUCUCCGGGGCCCAGAAGGCGGAGACGGCGGCGAAUCGGAUCUGCAAAGUGCUGGCGGUGAACCAGGAGAACGAGCAGCUCAUGGAGGACUAUGAGCGCCUGGCCUCGGAUCUGCUGGCGUGGAUCCAGCGCACCAUCCCCUGGCUGGAGUCCCGGGACCCGCAGAAGACGAUCCCGGCCAUGCAGCAGAAGCUGGAGGAUUUCCGGGAGUACCGGCGGGUGCACAAACCCCCCAAGGUGCAGGAGAAGUGUCAGCUCGAGAUCAACUUCAACACCCUGCAGACCAAGCUGCGCCUCAGCGGCCGCCCUGCCUUCAUGCCCUCUGAGGGCAGGAUGGUCUCGGACAUCGGGGCAGGGUGGCAGCGGCUGGAGCAGGCGGAGAAGGGACACGAGGAGUGGCUGCUGACGGAGCUGCGGCGCCUGGAGCGCCUGGAUCACCUGGCCGAGAAAUUCCGGCAGAAGGCCUCGAUCCACGAGGGCUGGACGGAAGGUAAGGAGGUGGCCCUGCGGGACCGGGACUCGGGCACGGCCUCCCUGGCCCAGGUGCGGGCGCUGCUCCGCAAACACGAGGCCUUCGAGUCCGACCUGGCGGCGCAUCAGGACCGGGUGGAGCAGAUCGCGGCCAUCGCCCAGGAGCUCAACGAGCUGGAUUACUACGACUCCCCGAGCGUCAACGCCCGGUGCCAGAAGAUCUGUGACCAGUGGGACCUGCUGGGCUCCCUCACCCACAGCCGCCGGGAAGCGCUGGAGAAAACGGAGAAGCAGCUGGAGACCAUAGACGAGCUGCACCUGGAGUACGCCAAGCGCGCGGCGCCCUUCAACAACUGGAUGGAGAGCGCCAUGGAGGACCUGCAGGACAUGUUCAUCGUGCACACCAUCGAGGAGAUCCAGGGCCUGAUCGCCGCCCACGACCAGUUCAAGUCGACGCUGCCGGACGCGGACAAGGAGCGGGAGGCGAUCCUGAGGAUCCAGCAGGAAGCGCAGCGGAUCGCGGACCUGCACGGCAUCCAGCUGCCCGGGAACAACCCGUACACCUCCGUCACCCCCCAGAUCAUCAACUCCAAGUGGGAGCGGGUGCAGCAGUUGGUGCCCAAGCGGGACCAGGCGCUGCAGGAGGAGCAGAACCGGCAGAAUUCCAACGAGCACCUCAGGAGGCAGUUUGGGAGCCAGGCCAACCGCGUGGGGCCCUGGAUCCAGACCAAGAUGGAGGAGAUCGGCCGGAUCUCCAUCGAGAUGAACGGGACGCUGGAGGAUCAGCUCAACCACCUGAAGGAGUACGAGCAGAACAUCGUGGAGUACAAACCCAACCUGGAGCUGCUGGAGCAGCAGCACCAGCUCGUGCAGGAGGCGCUGAUCUUCGACAACCAGCAUUCCAACUACACCAUGGAGCACCUGCGCGUGGGCUGGGAGCAGCUGCUGACGACGAUCGCUCGGACCAUCAACGAGGUGGAGAACCAGAUCCUGACCCGUGACGCCAAAGGGAUCAGCCAGGAGCAGAUGCAGGAAUUCCGGGCCUCCUUCAACCACUUCGACAAGGACCACGGCGGCGCCCUGGGCCCGGAGGAGUUCAAGGCCUGUUUGAUCAGUCUGGGCUACGAUGUUGAGAACGACCGGCAGCCGAAGCGCCGCACGGACUCCAACGACUUCCGCGCCCUCCUGGGCCCUGCGGGAUCCGGCCUGGGUGACGCAGAGUUCCAGCGGAUCAUGGCCGUGGUGGAUCCCAACGGCAGCGGGACCGUGACGUUCCAGGCCUUCAUCGACUUCAUGUCCCGGGAAACGACGGACACGGACACGGCGGAGCAGGUCAUCAACAGCUUCCGUGUGCUGGCCGGCGACAAGAACUACAUCACGGCGGCCGAGCUGCGGCGGGAGCUGCCGGCGGCGCAGGCCGAGUACUGCAUCGCCCGGAUGGCGCCGUACCCCGGCCCCGACGGCAUCCCGGGCGCCCUGGACUACAAAUCCUUCUCCACCGCCCUGUACGGAGAGAGCGACCUCUGACCGGAUCCCCCGGGACCCGCCCGCCCCCCCCCGCCUCCUACUAUGCAACAGUUGAUUGAUCUUGGGAUAUUUCGGGAUGCAAUUCCCACUUUUCCUCGGGCUCGGGGGGGGGUUUCGCCUCCCGCGGGGCCUCGGAGCGCCCGGAAAUGGUUAUUUUUGGUAACGAGAGAGAGAAAUUCCGACUAUUUUUCACGGGAUCAGCGGCGCAGCCCGAGGGUUCCCUCUCCCCCCACACCCCCCACGGUAAUUUAUGGCUUUUCCAGAGGGAAAAAUUUGGGAUUUUGGGGGGGUUUUUUUUAGGUUUUUCACUCACAUUCCCACCUCAGAGCAGCGUUUUGUGGACCAAAAAAUGGGGAAAAUAGGGGGAAAUAGGGAAAAAAGGCGAGAAAUAAGAAGAAGCAAGGAGAAAUGAGGAAAAAUUAGGAGGAAAAAUGUGGAGAAAAAUGAGGCAAAAUGUGGAGAGAGAUUGAGAACUAGGAAAAAACUAAGAGAAAUGAAAAAUGUGGAGCAUGUGGAAAAAUUAGGAGAGAAAUGAGGAAAAUCAUGGAGAAAUCUGGAGGAAUACAGAAAAAUAUGGGAAAAUAAUGAUAAAGACAAGGAGAAAAAUAGAGAAAUAAGGAGAACUGUGGAAAAAUAUGAAAAAUUAAGUGAAACAAGGAGGAAAAUUAAGAGAAAUCCACCUAAUAAAGCGCCUGAUCCUGGAAAAUUUUGACGGGAAGCAGAAAAUUCCGGUUUCCUUUAUAACUUUACGGAUUUAUUAUAUAAAUAUAUAUUCACGUAGCA